AAAUUGGCCCUGGGUGCAAAGUGGAUUUUUCGUUUUACACACCAUUGCAAUGUUAAUGAAAUUGCAUUCCUAUUCCUUUUACUGCGGAGAACUUUCGGAAUGGGCAUUACGACUUGAAGACUUGAGAAGAGAAUAUACUAAAUCAGUUGGAGAAUUGAAGAAAUCUGACGAUGAAGGGAAUAAAAGUAGAAAGCAACGAGAAAUGGAUGGGUUAAAAUUGCAAAUCGAACAAGUUGAGGGGUAUCUUAAUAGUCCAGCCGGAAACAUCAGUUAUCCUAAUAACAUUACGAUCAUGAAUUUCAUUGAUUUCUUGCUGGUACCGACCUUAGUCUAUGAAUUGGAGUAUCCUAGAACAGAAAAAAUACGCCCUUGGUAUGUUGUUGAAAAGGCGGCAGCGAUAUUUGGCACAUUCCUCUUGUUAUAUGUCAACACUGAAGAGUAUAUUCUCCCCGUGUUACCCAAUGUUUCAACAUCCAUCUACGACUGCAUGUUACAAAUGUUGUUUCCAUUCAUGGUGAAUUAUUUACUAAUAUUUUAUAUAAUAUUUGAGGGAAUUUGUAAUGCUUUCGCCGAGUUGACAAGGUUUGCGGAUAGGAGUUUUUAUGAUGACUGGUGGAAUAGCGCAACGUGGGAUGAGUUUGCCAGAAAAUGGAACAAACCAGUUCACCAUUUUCUCCUGAGACAUGUCUACCAGUAUUCUAUCGAGUCUUAUAAAUUAUCAAAGCGAGAUGCAACAUUUAUGACGUUCUUCCUUUCUUCGUUAGUUCACGAAUUA